AUGAUAACGCUUAAUUAAAUAUUAAUAUUUUUUUUUUCUUUAAAUUAACUGUCAGUCUUCUAUCAGAAAAUCAGUGUUAACUCAUAUGUAUGUCGGGUAUGUUGUAUGUAAUACAGAUCAAGUCAUGUAUCUAUCGUCCGUCACCGAUUGGUGGAUGUACGAGCAUAUUGCCACGCUGUUUUUGGUCAUCGCUGUGACAAUUGCCUAUUAUUUUUCUAUUUCGACUUUUAAAAUAUGGGAAAAACUAAAUGUUCCUUACAGUAAGCCAAUUCCGUUAUUCGGUAACACAUUGAAACAGGCUUUGAGCAGAGAUCAUGUAUUGGAAUUUUACAAUAAAAUCUAUUACGAGUUUACCGGUCGCAGAUACGCAGGAUUGUUCCAGAUGAGGACGCCUUAUUUAAUGAUCCGUGAUCCUGAGCUGAUCAAUGAUGUGCUAAUAAGAGACUUCUCGUUCUUCGCCGAUCGUGGUGUCUUCUCAGAUUUCACGGUAAAUCCAUUGUCGAACAAUUUAUUAUUUAUGAGAAAUCCUCAAUGGAAAAUAAUGCGACACAAAAUAACUCCUGCAUUUACACCGGGAAAAUUCAAGAUAAUGUGUGAUCGGAUCAAAGAGUGUGCUGAUAUAUUAAUAAAAAAUAUCGAUGAAGAAUUAAGGGAAAAAAACAACGAAAUAGAAAUAAGAAACAUUGUGAGAAAGUAUUCGAUCGAUGUCCUCGGCACUUGCAUUUUCGGAUUUGAUUUAAACGUAAUUAGCGAUGAUGAAUGCAAAUUUCGUAAGUACGGAAAAUUGAUAUUCACACCUUCAUUAAAAACGCUUUUUGGACAGGUGUGCUUGAUGAUCACCCCUACACUUUUAAAAAUUUUAAAAUUGAAAGAUCAUCCAAAAAAAGUAACUGACUUUUUUUACAAAUCAUUAAAAGAUAGUAUGAUGUAUAGAGAAGAAAAUAAAAUAAUCAAGAAUGAUUUUACUCAAGUUUUAAUGAAAGCAAGAAAUGAUUUAGUGUUAAAUACAAGUUUACCUGAUCAAGACAGGUUUACAGAAUCACAAAUUAUAGCGAAUGCUUUCGGUAUGUUUGUCGCUGGGUUCGAUACAGUUUCAGCUACUGUAGGUUAUUGCUUAUAUCAACUGGCGUUAAAUAAUUCUAUUCAAGAUAAAGUACGCAAAGAGAUUCAACUGAAACUUUCCAAACAUAACGGACAAAUUAAUUACGAGUUUUUGAUGGAUCUUAAUUACUUGGAUAUGGUUGCAGCAGAAACAUUACGCAUGUAUCCUUCAGUUGUUGUUUUAUUUAGAAGAGCAACAAAAACAUAUAAAAUACCUAACGAUUCAUUGAUAAUUGAAAAAGGCCAACAAAUAGUAAUUCCUAUUUAUGCAUUGCAUUACGAUGUACAGUAUUAUACGGAUCCUGAAAAGUUUAUUCCUGAAAGGUUUUCGACAGAAGAAGAAGCUAAACGGCCAAACGGUGUUUACCUGCCAUUUGGCGAUGGACCUCGAAUGUGUAUAGGAAAACGUUUCGCAGAAAUAGAAUUGAAAUUGGCUCUUGUUGAAAUACUAACAAAAUUUGAAGUAUUCCCAUGUGAAAAAACAGAAAUUCCUUUAACAUUUGCUAAUAACAUUUUCACAAUGAUUCCAAAAAACGGUAUUUGGCUAAAAUUUAAAAAAAAUAAUUAACCAGAGAUUAUUAUUCAAUGUUGUUGUUGAUUGAAAAAAAGUUGU